AUGCCAGUCAAGGUACCAAAGAAAGCAGAGACAUCGUCAUCGGACGACAGCUCUUCUGAAGAAGAAACCGUCCAGAAGCAGGUUGCCGCCGCCAAGGUCAAAGCUGCAAAGAAGGUUGCCAAGAAGGCACCAGCUAAGAAGGAAGAAUCGUCUUCCUCGGAUUCUUCUUCAGAAGAAGAGGCCCCCGCCCCGAAAAAGGCCCCAGCUGCCAAAAAUGGAAAGGCUAAAAAUGGCGCCGCCAAGAAGCCUGUGAAGAAAGAAUCUUCUUCGAGCGAUAGCAGCUCCUCCGAAGAGGAAGAACCAGCGCCAAAGAAGAAGGCCACUCCCAAGAAAGCAGCUCCAGCUAAAAAGGCAGCUCCUAAGAAGGAGGAAUCAUCUUCCUCUGAGGACUCUUCUUCUGAAGAGGAAGAAGCUCCAAAGAAGAAAGCCAGCCCCAAGAAAGCUGCUCCUGCGAAGAAGGCCGCUCCAAAGAAAGAAGAGUCCUCCAGCAGCGAGGAAUCCUCGUCAGAGGAAGAAGAAGAAGCGCCAAAGAAAAAGGCAGCGCCAAAGAAAGCCGAAGCAAAGAAGGAAGAGAGCUCCUCUGGAGAAUCUAGCUCUUCUGACGAAGAGAUGGAAACUGACGCCCCCAAGAAGCGGGCAAAGGAACAGAAAGACGAAGGUCCAGCCGCGAAGAAAGCGAAGGCUGAUGAAGAUGAAGAAGACGAUGGUGGAGACAAGGACAAGCGAACUCUUUUUGUUCGAAAUCUUCCCUUCACCGUCGACGAAGACCAGAUGUACGAACUUUUCAAUAACUACGGUACUUGCCAAGUCCGAUUAUUGACCGACAGAAACACUGGAAAGCCAAAGGGAGUUGGUUUCGUCGAAUACGAAACCAUCAAGGAAAUGAAGGCAGCUAUUGCUGAUGCCGACAACUUGUAUGUUGGCGACCGACAGGCAUUUGUGAAGUGCGCUGCCGAUCCCAAGCCAGAAGGAAGACAGUCGUUCGGUGGAAACGAUCGGGGAGGUCGUGGCCGCGGACGAGGACGUGGAGGUGAUAGAAAGUCAUUCGGCGACCGACAGUCGUUCGGAGAACGAAAGGAGCGAAACGACGAAGCGACCGUUUUCGUCAAGAACUUGCCAUUUAGCGCAACCCAGGACAGUGUUUGGGAAAUGUUUGGCGACAACGUCAAGAACGUACGAUUGCCAACUGAUCGAGAAACCGGACGAAUGAAGGGCUUCGGAUACGUCGAGUUCAACUCCGUUGAUGAAGCAAAGACCGCAGCGAAGGGCACUUACUCUUUGGAAGGACGAGACCUGACGGUCAACAUGGCUGGCGACCGACCAUCUUUCGGCGGCACUCCCCGUGGUGGUCGAGGCGGCCGAGGUGGCGGUCGUGGCCGUGGAGGUGGACGAGGUGGAAGCACUCCUGGCGCGGCUGCCCGAAAAGGUGCCAUCCAGGACUUUGCUGGAAAGAAGAUGACGUUUGACGACUCCGAUUGA